AAAAAGAAAACAAAGGCGUCGGGCAAGAAAGGUUGUUCUCUUUGUGAAAACUUGAAAAAUAACUCGAUUUAUAUCUUCCGAAGUGCGAAAUAUCGACGUGGUAACUGUUUUAUCGUGUUGUGUAUUCAUUAAACGUGAAAAUGACGGCUCGAAAGCUGAAUACCAUCGAAGAUCUCAGCGAAUCAUGGGUGGAACUGAACUCCGGCGGUGGUCUGGCCGCUGUCGAGAACGAGUACAUACGUCUGCUGCGGGAGGCGCAGCGCGAGAGCCGCGACUCCUCCGUCAGACAUUCUAGAGCGUCCAGCGUCAAGGGCAGCCCAAAAUCACCACCGAACAGCCCCAACCUGGAACCCUCGACUGAAGACGAGCUGAAGGGUGUGUACAUCAACUGCUGGCGGGACGACUCCAACGACUGGGUGUGGGAGUGGAGCAGUAGACCUGAUCAGUUGCCUCCCAAGGACUGGCGGUUUAAGCAUCCCACGAGUACGCGCGGCCCCCCCUCCGCCACCUCCUCCAUCGAGGUGCUGGAGCAGCAGCUGGCCGCGCCCGUCAUGCAGCAGAGCCACUGCCUGUCGGUCCGCCGCCUGUGCCUGUUCUCGCGCGGCGCGGUGGCGGCCGUGCUGCUCACCAACGUGGUGUCGCUGCUGCUGGGCGCCGGCAUCGGUAUGUGGCUGAGCAAGCGCGGCAUGCUGCCCCCCCGACUGAUAAUCCUCAACUAGGAGACGAGACUGUCGUGAACUGUAGUUAUAAAUAACUCUGAUGUUAACAACAACCGUUGUGUUCGACUGUCAUAGUAACCAUGUCGUCAUGUCCGAGCGAGAUGGAACGAUACGCCGACUAGACGCGGUGUCGAGACGGAAAAGUUAAGCGUUAAGCGUCGCACACCGAGGUUUGGAAAUGAAUGGGUGACCAUUUAUAAUGCCAUGAACUCUUCGUGUAUGAGAAUGAGAGUAGUUGAUGCUUUCGCCUGUCAUUAGAUGAUCUUUGACAGUCGUUAAGUCAUUACAGUUCUGAUGCGGAGUCUUGAGACAGAGAAGCAUGGUCACCCAUCCAAUGGCACACCUCGAUAAGCGUCACUGUACUUAACGUGUUGUUCUAAUAUCAUAGUUAAUUAUCACUGACGUGUUAGUUAUAGAAAUGUAACACUAUUACUUAUUAGAUAAUAACACAGCAAAGUCAAGUUUGCCUCGUUACGGCUUAGAAGAAGAUGGGUGUGCGUUUUUUUAUAAGAAAAUGUUAGUUAAUUUAUAUACUGAUACGCUACAGCGACGAAAUUAGAUGAAGUAACAUAUAGAUAAGUUAAGCAGCCCAUUUUAAAGGCCUGGAAACGGAUGGGUUAACGAUAGUGUGUUAUCUAAUAAUAAUACGUGUCAGACUGUCUUUGUAUG